ACGACAAAGCCAAUUUAGAGCCACGCUUUUUGCAAGAAAAAUCUGAAAAUGAAACGGUUCUUCCACCAAAAAAAACACUACAAUCUGUUUCUUUAUAUUCCCAGAAUCUUCUCUUUAAUCCAUUUUUAUUUGUCUCUGUUUUAGUUUUGCUUAGGAUUCCCUCCUAUAAACAUAAUAAAGUACUCAAAAGAAAGAGAUUAAUUAAAGAAAAUAAUGUGUGUUCAGGACACAGAGCAAGCUAGUGAAGAAAUCUCGAGUGUGGGUGGUAAAGAAGAGCAGCAGUCUUGGCCUUUACAUUGUCAACUGUUGCAUACCCACAUGGAUUCCACUGACACAAUCACUACUGUCGCCAAUUCUUCUCCGCUAGAAAGUAUUUCUGAGGAUAGAGUGGAUGUGGAGAGGAAACAGAAUCAAUUAGCCAAUUUCGUCCCGGUUCUCCGCUCAGGAGAGUGGUCCGACAUUGGUUGUCGGCCUUAUAUGGAGGAUACACAUAUUUGCAUCAGCGACUUGGCUAAGAACUUUGGUUAUGGUGUGCUUAGUGGAGAAUCGAUCGCUUUCUAUGGUGUAUUUGAUGGGCAUGGGGGAAAGAGUGCAGCACACUUUGUCCGAGAUCAUUUGCCUAGAGUCAUUGUCAAGGAUGCAGAUUUUCCCUUAGGACUUGAGAAAGUGAUCACAAGGUCAUUUAUUGAGACUGAUGCUGCUCUUGCUGAAACAUGCUCUCUUGAGCCUGCCCUGUCUUCUGGUACAACUGCACUCACUGCCAUGAUAUUUGGGAGGUCUUUGCUUGUGGCAAAUGCUGGUGAUUGUCGGGCUGUAUUAUCACGGGAUGGAAUUGCUAUAGAAAUGUCAAAGGACCAUAGACCUUGCUGCACUAGGGAAAGGAAACGGGUCGAGUCCCUAGGAGGAUAUGUUGAAGACGGUUACUUAAAUGGUCUGUUAGGUGUUACCCGAGCAUUAGGCAAUUGGCACCUUGAAGGGAUGAAGGUUAAGGGCAUGGGCGGUCCAUUGAGUGCUGAACCUGAACUAAAAUUGAUUACACUAACCAAGGAAGACGAGUUUUUGAUUAUCGGAAGUGAUGGAAUAUGGGAUGUAUUUUCCAGCCAAAACGCAGUAGCUUUUGCUCGGAGAAGACUUCGGGAACACAACGAUGUAAAAUUGUGCUGUAAAGAAGUGGUAGAAGAAGCAAUAAAACGGGGAGCAAUUGACAACUUGACAGUGGUGAUAAUAAGCUUUCACUUGGAGGCGCCGCAGCAAUUGGCUGUCGAGAGAGGAAGAGUUAGGCGGAGCAUUUCCGCUGAAGGACUUCAAAGUCUCAAAGGUCUCUUACAAGGAUAAUGCCGAAAAAUUGGGUUUCUUACUAUUUCUACCCUGUGUAGUAGAACUAGCGAAUAAUGGUAAAUAGCUACAUUGGCUGUUACUGGAAAAGAGUCUUCUGUGUACAUAAUUCAAUCCUGAGACAAGGACUGAUAUUCCUGCCUGUAUUAUACUUGCUGCUGUGCUCAGGCACAAGCUAUCUCUGAUCUUUAAUUCCUUAUCCUAUUGAUUAUCAAUGUAUUUUACUGUAAA